GGUCAUUCUAGCCUUAGCUUAGAGUUACACCGAAGCUGCCUCCCAGACCUAUAACCUUUGUGAAGGAAUGUCAGCUUCACAAGUCACCGUUUCCCUUUACGCAGUGGAUUAAAAAUAAGGAGGCUUUUUUUGGGAUCAAUUAAAUUAACAGGUAUCUCCUGACCUUGUUAUUUUUAAUGACCCGCAAAUGGAAAACCUGCUUAAAAGGGAUCUGACCCUUCGACCCGCAUCAAGGAACAUGUCUUUUCAAUAUCGCAUUUAAAACUCCAAAUGAAUGAUGGCUGGAAAAGUGGAAAAGGUGUCUAAAUACGAAAGUUUAAAGCUUUUGGAAAAAUGCCGGAAGGAAAGGGACGACGCUUUGCACCGCGAGAAUAUGAUGAGGGAGAAAAUGAGACAGUACGAGUCUCGAAUGAGAUCAACCGAAGCGCUUAAACAGAAAUUAAAGCAAUUGACUUUGGACAACAAGGAGCUGCGGAAACAAGUGAAGGUGCUGCGGUCUGAAAUCGGCUUAGAGGCCAGUCCUAAAUUUAACGGGAAAACCACCAAGGAUAUAAUCAACGACCUGCACGAGAAGGAUCGCGAGUGCAAUUCGCUGGUUGAAAAAGCGGGUAAAUUAAGUUUGACGAUUGACGAGCUAACGUCUGAGCUGGCCAACACGGUCACCUCGAAGACUCUGCUGGAGGACCAGGUCCAGUCCCUGCAACAGAACCUGAAGGACAUGACAAACAACCAGCGGCGUCUCCUGAAGCUCUGGGAGGACAAGAAGGCUCAGCGGGAGCAGCUGUCACUGCCCGCCAUACCGCAGAGACCCGGGCAAAAACCGCUGGUGCAUAAAGGCGUCCAGACGGAGAUGUCCAUCGGUUCAACCCAGAUAUUACCCACCAACGCAUUUGAGACCAAGACCCGCCGAGAGAUUGAUAAAAGCAGAACUAAUCUGGAAAGACGCAACAUCACUUUAGCGAAUGGCACCCAUCGAGAGAAAAACGCUUUAAUGCAGAGUGAAGCGAAAGGAAUACACAACUGACAGUUAUUAUUUCACGAAACUUUUUUUUUGUGUCUGUCUGCUCGUCAUUAUGCUGCUCAAUGCCUUAUCUUACAGCAUUAUUUACUUUAAAAUAAAUAUAUUGUUUAUAUAUGUUUAAGACAAUUGAGGACUUUGUGUUACUGCACCCUAAUUGGUUCUUGUGUAUUGAUCCAUUAUUACAGGUUUUUAAGCUGCUGUUUAAUUUAAUGCCCGCAAAACUUGUGUAAUUAAAUACUGUUUAACAUUAAAUAUAAAUGUAAUGUAUUAAUUUUUAUUCCG